AUUACUGCCGGCUAAAUGCUGGUUCUGCGCAUGCGCCCGCGCCCUCUCCUCAUUGGUCGUGUGGAGCUGCUAACGGGCGCUCGUGCAGCGCCGCUGCUGCAGUCUGUGCGCGCGGAGCAGCAGCGCGAGGAGGAUGGAGCUGAAACUGGUACGGUGCUCUGUGCUGUCUCUCUCCUCUCGUGGUCCAGUGUUUGCCUGGCCUACGUCCUCAGCCGGUCUGGAAAAACAGGAACAUCAGACAACUUUCAGUCAGACUCCCAGUAUGACAGCACAUCAGGAUCCUGCAAAAACAGGUGCUUUGAACUGCAGGAAGCCGAGCCCCCGAACUGCCGCUGUGACAACCUUUGCAAAACCUAUAACAGCUGCUGCUCAGACUUUGACGAGCACUGUUUGAGGACAGAGGGUGGCUUUCAGUGCAGUAAGGAGCGAUGUGGGGAAACCCGAAACGACCAACAUGCCUGCCACUGCUCAGAUGACUGCCUUACCAAAGGGGACUGCUGCACAAACUACAAGACCCUGUGCAAAGGUGAUACUCCCUGGUUGCAGGAAGAGUGUGAGGAGAUAAAAACCCAUGAGUGUCCUGCUGGGUUUGUUCGUCCACCACUCAUCAUGCUUUCUGUUGAUGGCUUUCGUGCCUCCUACAUGAAGAGGGGCAAUACAGUGAUCCCCAACAUUGAGAAACUGAGGACAUGUGGAACCCAUGCACCAUACAUGAGACCGGUCUACCCAACCAAAACCUACCCAAAUUUAUAUACAAUUGCAACGGGCCUUUACCCUGAAUCCCAUGGAAUUGUAGGUAACUCUAUGCAUGAUCCUGUCUUUGAUGCAACCUUUACACUCAGAGGGAAAGAGAAGCUGAACCAUCGUUGGUGGGGAGGACAGCCUAUCUGGAUCACUGCUGAGAAGCAGGGGAUAAAAGCUGCCACUUUCUUCUGGCCUGUAGGGAUUCCACUGGAGAGGAGGGUGUUGACCAUGCUUCAGUGGCUUCACCUCCCUGAUGCAGAAAGGCCGUAUGUUUACGCCAUGCACUCUGAGCAGACGGACACCUACGGCCACAAACUAGGACCCCAGAGCACUGAGCUCAACAGCCCUCUGAAGGAGAUUGAUAAGGUGGUUGGACAACUGAUGGAUGGUUUGAAACAGAUGAAACUUCAUCGUUGUGUUAAUAUCAUCCUGGUUGGAGACCAUGGCAUGGAGGAAGCUCACUGUGACCGGACGGAGUUCCUCAGUUCGUACAUGUCCAACAUAGAUGACAUCAUUUUAAUCCCUGGCUCUCUCGGAAGAAUCCGAGCUCGCCAUCCUAACAACUCAAAGUAUGACGCAAAAGCAGUGGUGGCAAACCUUACAUGUAAAAAGCCAGAUCAGCACUUUAAACCUUACUUGAAGCAGCACCUUCCUAAACGUCUUCAUUAUGCAAACAACCGCCGUAUUGAGGAGAUCCACUUGAUGGUGGAAAGAAAAUGGCACGUAGCAAGGAAGAUUCCAGAAGUGAAGAGGCAUCCAGGCAAGUGUGGCUUUUCGGGUGACCACGGAUAUGAUAACAAGAUUACCAGCAUGCAGACUGUUUUCCUUGGAUACGGACCAAUGUUUAAAUUCAAGACGAAGAUACCACCAUUUGAAAACAUUGAGCUGUACAACAUUAUGUGUGACCUCCUUGGCUUGAAGCCAGUUCCAAACAACGGUACCUACGGCAGCCUGAACCACGUGCUGAAAAACCCUGUCCACAAACCUACCAUGCCUGAAGAGGUUACUAAACCGAACCCCUCCGGGGCCGUCACUGCUGUUACUGAUGACCUAGGGUGCACCUGCGAUGAAAAGUUGCGUUCAAAAAGUAGGGGGCAGAGGGCUUUGAAAGUGGCCCUGGUAAGAGGCUAUAACCUGGAGUCACUCUGGCUCUGUCUCUUACAGAACAAAGUGGAGGAGCUCAAUCAACGACUGAGACAAGUUAUCAACGAUAGCAAGAAUCUUCCUCACGGUCGCCCAGCAGUCAUGUUCCGCACAAAGUACAGCAUCCUACACCACAGCGACUACAUCAGCGGAUACAGCGAAUCUCUGUUUAUGCCUCUGUGGACCUCCUAUACAGUCCCUAAACAGGUGGAUGUGACCCCUCUUCCAGAAGCACUAAGUAACUGUGUAAGGCCUGAUGCCAGAGUUCCACCUGCUUACAGCCAGUCCUGCACAAACUACCGAGCUGACAAACAGAUCUCCUACAGUUUUCUUUACCCACCUCAGUUGGCUUCCUCUCAGGAAGCAAGAUACGAUGCCGUGCUCAUCACCAACACUGUGCCGAUGUACCCAGCAUUCAAACGUGUGUGGACCUACUUCCAGAAGGCUCUAGUGAAGAAGUUUGCCAGUGAGAGGAAUGGACUCAAUGUGGUCAUUGGCCCCGUCUUUGACUACGACUAUGAUGGCCUUCGGGACUCAGCAGAGAAGAUGAAACAGUAUGUGAGUGGCUCUGUGUAUAUCCCCACUCAUUUCUUCAUCGUGGCAACGAGCUGUCUGGAUUAUACACAGACUGUGGAUUCAUGCGAGGGCCCUCUCAGUGUCUUCUCCUUCAUCUUGCCUCACCGAGCAGAUAAUGAUGAGACCUGCAAUAGUUCAGAGGAAGACUCAAAAUGGGUGGAGGAGCUGAUGAAGAUGCACACAGCACGUGUGCGGGACGUUGAGCUCCUGACCGGACUGGACUUCUACCGCCGCUCCAGCCAGAGUUACACCGAUAUCCUCUCUCUAAAGACGUAUCUGCACACGUACGAGAGCGAGAUCUGAACCACUGCCAUCCUUCCACUAGGCGCAGGCCUUAUCCCAUCAAACUCCCCACCACCACUAUCCCGUACCCCCUCCACUGCCCCCACCCUCGUGAAAUGGUGUAUAUUUUUAUACAAGCUGUCAUAUUUAUUGUCUAUUGUGUAACGUUUUCAAAAAUUUCUUACAUUUUUCCUUCAAUAAAUUACAUGCAUGAAUGGGCCAAAUUGAAAUGAAUUUAAUAACAGUGUGAACAUGUUGCUUUUUCUUUGUAUUGAGUGAGAGAUGUGUGCUGUGGUGAGUGUGGGUGAGACUGAUAAGUACUAGAGUGAGAAUUUGUACUGUAUACUGUAAUGAAACUUGUAAUAUUGCCUUUGAACAUGUACCACUUCCACUUGUGUGAUUCGCUUUGUUUAUUAUAUGUAAAACUGAAUGUCAUGUAAUUAAACACUUUUAUACUUAG